CAACUUCAUCACAGAAGAUGCUUGUUUUGCUUUGUAGUCUCUUAUAAAUAAAAGUGGGACCUUAUACCUCUCCUUGAUGAAGAAAUAAGGAAAUAAUCAUCAUUAUGAAAUUAAUUACAAUCACCCUGUGUUUAUUAUGGCUUGCAAAAGAUUCCCAUGCUGAAGACAGAGUCCGUUUGGCUGAUGGUAAAACUCCCAAUGAAGGUUUUAUACAGAUACAAAUUAAUGAUACAAAAUGGGGCACACUCUUAGACUACAGAUUUUUCCAUAAAAAUGAAGCUGUAAUGACUGCCUUUGUUGUUUGUCGAAUGCUGAACUAUACUAUGGCUAUCAAAGCAGACACAGUUUGGUAUGAUCUAGAUUCGGUUAACAAUACAUAUUGGCCUUAUGCUUUGAAUUGCUUAGGCAACGAGGGGACCAUUAGCAAUUGCACAUAUAGAUUGUCAACAUACACGAUGUGGAAAGAUCAUCAAAAACCCGCUCCUUAUCGUGCUAUUUAUGCAGUCUGUGGGAAUCUUUCACAAGUUGAUCAAUUGAUUCAAGUCCGUCUAAAUGGAACAAAUCAGAGAAACUAUGGUCUUUUGGAGGUGAGGAACAAGUCAGAUGUGUCAACAUGGAAACGGAUCUGUGUGGGGUUGAGCAGUUGGGAUACAAAUAAUGCCAAUGUUGUUUGCAAGAUGCUUGGCUACAAACAAGUAGUUGGAGUUUUUCUCUUUGAAAUAAGCGGUGAUUCCAGAAGCAGAUCUUUGUCAUAUAGAAGAAUAUAUUAUAGAUGUCAAGGAAAAGAGUCAAGGAUUGAGGAAUGUGCUCAGUUUGAAAGCGAUCGUUCUUGUUCAAGUCUUGAUUACUAUGUUGGGGUAUUUUGUGAGAACCAUGCAAUACCUCCACCUGUUCAAUACCGAUUAAGCAACAAUAAAGUACCAAACAUUGGUUUUCUUCAAUUGAAACAUCGAAACGUUUGGGGAAGUGUGUGUUCAAGAUUAGACAAAAGUACAUCUGAUUUUAUUUGCCAACAACUUGGCUAUCUUGGGCUCGAGUUUAUGGAUGGACCGCCUCUAGGAAUUCAUCCUCCAAAGACUGUAGUAUCAUGGGAACUUAAUAAAUCAUGUAAUAUUUCAAGCAAUGGCGACUGUUCCCAUGGAGACAUUUGGAAAAUACAUUUUGAAGGACCUUGUAAAUCCUUUAACUCUGAAAGUUACCUUGUUUGCAAAGUUGCUUCAGCUCCCCGUUACCAUUUGGUCAGAGGAUGUCCACCCUUGCUAAUUAUCAAUACUGCGCAACUAAGUAACAAAGAGAAACAGCUUAUUACGUAUUAUCAAGUAACAAUACUAGUUUUUUUUUAUAAUACGAAGUGGGCUGUCUUUUACAUCCCUGGAAACACUACAGAACUGAACAUUGGGGAUAACAAGACAUAUGUUAGGGGCCUGAACAGACCGCUAGAAAUCGAAAAGAGAUACUAUGUGAAUGUUAGAGCGGUUUAUGAAGACAAGAAUGGAAAUCUUGGUUAUGGGACCAUAGAGACUCAGAUGUAUAGGUUGCCUUACAUUAAAAUAAGUAGCGCCUGUCCAACAUCACAAGUUCCAGAAGUUUCAACCACUUUGCCAUCAACUAGAUCUUUCAAUGAACAGACUUCGGUUGUUAUGAAUAGUCGUCAGUCACUUGGCACUGUAGAGAUUGUGGGGAUUCUUAUUGGUGUUCUGUUGGUUAUCGCUAUUGCCGGUAUCGCUUUCUUAGCUUAUAAAAAGCGCAACACUAGCCCUCCACAACGACCCGAAGAACUGAAGCUUAAUCCUGUUAUUGAAGAUCAACAAGCUAAAUUAAAGUAGCUGAUUGGAGCAGAUUUCGUAUGACUGUGAAAUUAAAAAAAUAAAAAAAAAAUAAAU